AUGCCUCCAUCUCCCCUUGACGACAGAAUUGUGGUGGCGUUGCCAAGGCCUAUCCGACCUCAGGAACUCCGACUCCGCCUGGACACCAGCUACCUGGAAGCCACCGUGGGAGCUGUCGCCAAGACAACGGUGAUCAGCAGCACCACCGUGGUGAAGAUACAGGCGACAAACCUCACGUAUAUGCCCUCAUCCAGCGGCUCCACGCGCUCCCUGACGUGUGGAUGCAGUAGUGCCAGCUGUUGCACAGUGACUACUUAUGAGAAAGAAGGCCAGACGCAGACGCAGACCCAGGUCAGCGCGAGCAGCCCCAACUUGAACUCUGGAGUCAGUUAUGGUGGUCUCAGUGGUGCCUCCUUGCCCAUGGUGGGACAAAGUGAGGCCUUUAGUGCACCCAGCCUCACCUCUGGCCAGGCCAGGCUCGGUUUCCGUGUCAUCCACCCCAGUGAGCUGGCCAAGAAGCUUACGUGCUGCCCUAUGGGUCAUCCGGUAGGGCCAGUGCCAGUGGUCAUUGACUGCCGGCCCUUCAUGGAGUAUAACAAGAGCCACAUCCGGGGCGCCGUGCAUAUCAACUGUUCGGAUAAGAUCAGCCGUAGGCGACUCCAACAGGGCAAAAUCACUGUGCUGGACCUUAUCUCCUGCCGUCAGGGCAAAGACUCCUUCAAGGGGAUUUUUUCCAAAGAUAUAGUGGUGUAUGACGAGAACACAGUUGACCCCGGCCGACUGACACCGUCACAACCACUGCACGUUGUCCUGGAGUCCCUGCAUAGGGAAGGAAAAGACCCCAUAGUGCUAAAAGGAGGCCUCAGCGGGUUCAGACAAAACUAUGAGAACCUCUGUGACCAUUCCCUCCACUUGCAGGAAGACCAGGAUGGUGGGGGUGCUGUGGGGCUGUCGGGGACGCUACCUCUCUCCCUGCCCUCUACCCCUGAUAUCGAAAAUGCUGAGCUGACACCCAUUCUGCCCUUUUUAUACUUGGGCAAUGAACGUGAUGCACAGGACCUCGAGCAAAUGCAGAGGUUGAAUAUUGGGUACAUCCUCAAUGUUACCACCCACCUUCCGCUAUACCACUAUGACCGGGGUCUCUUCAACUACAAGCGAUUGCCUGCCACUGAUAGCAACAAACAAAACCUUCGCCAGUAUUUUGAAGAGGCAUUUGAAUUCAUCGAGGAAGCUCACCAGGCAGGCAUGGGCCUCCUUGUCCACUGUCAGGCUGGCGUGUCCCGCUCAGCCACCAUUGUCAUAGCAUACCUGAUGAAACACACGUGGAUGACCAUGACAGAUGCUUAUAAAUUUGUCAAAACCCGGCGGCCCAUCAUUUCACCCAACCUCAAUUUCAUGGGCCAGUUGCUAGAGUUUGAGGAAGACCUAAACAGUGGCGUGACGCCCCGCAUCCUCACACCAAAGCUCAUAGGGGUUGAGACCAUUGUUUAG